ACAACUGUAUCACCCAAAUUUCGAACCAAUUUCCACUUCAAGACCAUUUCCGCGUAUUCAUUUCUUCAGUCUUCACACACACCACACAAAGUCAAUGAUUCUCUCUCCCCUCCCACGCAUACACACACCAUUUUCAACAGUUCCACGCAUACCAAAAUUCCAUCUUUGAUUCGUUCCUCUUCUCAUCAUUCAAGCUCCAAAAUUCUGAAAACCCCAUACACCAGCUUCUUCAAUUCUUCCCAAUGAAUAAUAAUAAUUGUUAUUAUUACUACUUCCUCACCAUAUCGAUCGCUUUGUUCUUCAAUUUUGUCCACUCAGCUUCUUCAGCUGUUGUGGAAGACGAUAUUCGGUGUCUCCAAGGUUUGAAGAGUUCAUUUCACGGCUCAGAAACGAAACUGAGUUCAUGGAACUUCUCGAACACCACGGUUGGGUCCAUAUGCAAGUUCGUUGGUGUGGGGUGUUGGAACGACCAAGAGAACAGAGUAUUCAGCAUCGAACUACGUGAGAUGGAACUCUCAGGUACGGUUCCUGAGUCUUUGAAAUACUGUGGGAGUUUACAAACUCUGGAUCUCUCAGGUAACAGCCUCUCAGGUUCGAUUCCUAAUGAUACAUGUACGUGGUUACCUUAUUUAGUAACUUUGGAUCUGUCAAAUAACGGUCUUGACGGUUCAAUUCCAACUCAGCUUGCAAAGUGUUCGUAUUUGAAUAACUUGGUUUUGUCAGAUAAUAAGCUUGUGGGUACUAUACCUUUUGAGCUUGCUAGUUUGGCUAGGUUGAGGAAAUUCUCUGUGGCUAAUAAUCAGCUUUCGGGUCGGGUACCUGCGGGUUUGGAUAGGUUUGGUAACGAUGCUUUUGUUGGGAACAGUGGACUUUGUGGAGGACCUUUAGGAAAGUGUGGUGGAUUGAGUAAGAAGAAUUUGGCUAUUAUAAUUGCUGCUGGGGUGUUUGGUGCAGCUGGGUCUUUGAUAUUGGGUUUUGGGGUUUGGUGGUGGAACCAUUUGAGGUUAAGUAAGAGGAGGAAGAGAGCGUAUGGGAUUAGGGGAGAUGAUAAUUGGGCUGAGAAGUUGAGGGCUCAUAAGUUGGUUCAGGUUUCUUUGUUUCAGAAACCGCUUGUGAGGGUUAAAUUGGCGGAUUUGAUGGCGGCCACGAAUAAUUUUAGCCUAGAAAGUAUAAUUGUGGGAACUAGGACGGGGACCACGUAUAAGGCCGUGUUGCCUGAUGGUUCGGCACUUGCAAUUAAGCGGUUGAAUACUUGUAAGCUUGGGGAGAAGCAGUUUCGUUUGGAGAUGAAUCGAUUAGGACAGCUUAGGCAUCCAAAUUUGACGCCCCUUUUGGGGUUUUGUGUGGUGGAGGAGGAGAAGCUUUUGGUUUAUAAGCAUAUGGCUAAUGGGACUUUGUUUUCUUUGUUGCACGGAAGUGGUGGUGAAUUGGAUUGGCCAACUAGAUUUAGGAUUGGUUUGGGUGCAGCGAGGGGUCUUGCUUGGCUGCACCAUGGGUGCCACCCUCCAAUUAUGCAUCAGAACAUAUGCUCCAAUGUGAUCCUUGUUGAUGAGGACUUUGAUGCAAGGAUUAUGGAUUUUGGGUUGGCAAGGCUGAUGAAUGCUGCUGAUUUUAAUGAGACUAGUUUUGUCAAUGGGGAUUUGGGAGAACUUGGUUACGUAGCUCCAGAGUACACGAGCACAAUGGUUGCAUCGCUGAAAGGGGAUGCUUAUGGAUUUGGAGUGGUGCUUCUUGAAUUGGUGACUGGGCAAAAACCUCUUGAAGUGAGCAAUGUUGAGGAUGGAUUUAAGGGUAAGUUAGUGGAUUGGGUGAAUCACCUCUCUAGUUCUGGUCGAAUCAAAGAUGCCAUCAGUAAGGAACUUUGUGGAAAAGGGUAUGAUGAGGAAAUUUUGAAGUUCCUGAAAAUUGCAUGCAGUUGUGUGGUUUCUCGGCCCAAGGACAGGUGGUCGAUGUACCAGGCUUAUCAAGGAUUAAAGAGUAUGUCCAAGGACCAUAGUUUUUCUGAACAAGAAGAUGAAUUUCCACUGUUAUUUGGUAAGCCAGAGAAUGAUUCCAUGUAACUUUGGAGCAUUGAUGGAUGAAGCAUGAGAAAGUGGUUUCAGGAUUUCUACAUCUCGUGGUAAGUUUUUGGAGACUCUUAAUGUAAAUGGUGUAAUCUCCAUUUUGGCUAGUUUUCCCCAUUUCUCAGUAUAGCUGUAUUAUAUAAUAAACUGCUUAAAACUAUAGGCUUUUGCAUUUCGAAAAAAAUCUAUUUGUUUGCCCUUUGUUGUAUUAAAUACAGCCUCUAAUCAGGCUAAAAGACAUUUGAAAUAUGCUCCCCUGUUUGUAGCCUACUGCAAUUAAACAUCAGUAUGUUAUCAAAGGGAUCAUUCAAAUUAUUCACAACUUUAUCAAUUAAGCUUUUUGAAGAA